CAGGAGGAUGCAUCCGAAAUAAUUGGCAAAUCGAAUGAAACAGCAACAACAACAACAGCAGACGAAAACUAAGGGAAAUUAAUUGGAUUUGCCAUAAAAGUCAAUUAUAUCGGCGAUUGACUUGCAGUCUCACGAAAACAAAGUUACGUCCGCGUUCUCUUUUAAGAGCAGAGAUACUACAGCCGGAUCUGCCGGCGGCCGGUUUCGCAUCGACACACGUACGCACAUUCUUAUGCUAUUUUCUUGUUGUUGUUUUCAAACUAAAUUUAUUCUUAUAUAGGAAAAAAAAAAAACUACGAGCAGGAGGAGGACUAUACGGUCUGACGCAUCAGCGCGACCGGCGCCUGUCGCCCGUCACUUUUUUUUUCUCUUUCUUUUCUUUCGGGCUUGUUCAGCAUAUGCAUUUAGCAUAUCCACCAUACUAUUUAUCCAUGAGAGAGCAACAUGUACAUAUCGUAUAUAUACCGCCCAACACAAGUACCUAACGAAUUCACCUGGGGGAUAUACGCGACGACGUCUUUCUUCUUCUUCUUCUUCUUCUUCUUCUCACACACGGUUGACUGCCUCCUCUUUUUUCUUUUUAUUUUUCUUUCCUGCCCACCACCACCACCCCACUCUAGGAGCAGCCCUCCCGGUCUAGACAGUGAGGGCUCCUAUACGUUGGCGACUCUUUGUAUAGAUGUGUGUUUUGUGGACUGUGAAGACGAGAGAGAGAGAGAGCACGCGGUAGCCGAAGAAGAAGAAGUAGUAGUAGAUGUAUAGCAGCCACAAAGUGUGUAGACGUGUUAUUGUACCAUGCUGUGUAUAUAUACGCUCGUGGAUCAUCCCAGUGGCAAGUUCAGUUGAACCAAAACCGCCAAACCAGUGUCAUGUUGGCCACACUUACUCGGCGACUCUUUUGAAACCCAAAUUCACACGAUCGUCGACUUAUCGUAUCGCAAGACACACGCACACACAACUCGGUUUCAUCAUCUCCGAACCAGUUUCUAGAUUUGAAAUCUUUUCAAAUUAUUCAACAAAAGUGGUGGCCAUGCUUCGAAUUGGUGUUCUACUCGUGUCCGUCUUCCUGCUCGUCGGAUGUUUGUUCGAUCCGGCGUCGGGACAGGAGCUCAGACAGCACCGGCAUCACCACGGGGGUCGAUCGCGGACGUCGACGGCCGCUCCGCCGGCCAUCACGGACGAGGAGAAGCUGAACGCGACGGAAACGGCGAAAAACCUGUUGCAGACGAGCCCCAAAGACGCUCUGAUCGUGACGAAACGGCGCUUUUUGCGCAAGGAUUGGUGCCAGUCGCAGCCGCUCAUCCAGCGGAUCGGCCAGGAUCAAUGUCUCAGCGCCACGGUCCUCAAUCGCUUCUGCUACGGCCAGUGCAAUUCGUUUUUCAUCCCCAAGAAUCAGCUGAAGGAGGACGACGGAACGGAUCGGCAAGUGGCCAGGGGAGAAGGAGACGAGGCGGCCGGUGCCGUCCUCGGCGGAGCAGGUAUCGCCGCAACCGCCAAAGCCUUCCGGUCUUGCGCCGUCUGCCAGCCAAAGAGGACCAGUUGGGUCACUGUCACUCUCAAAUGUCCCUCGCUGGUGCCCAACAUCCGCCGGAGACGAGUCCUCAUCAUCAACCAGUGCCGAUGCAUGCAGCCGGAAUCCUCUUCUUGAAUUUGUCCAUUUCAUUCCGGAAUUAUUGUCUCUUUGCUGCCAAAUUUUUUAUAUUUGUAAAUUAUACUAUUUACCCGCGCCUAUAAUUCAAACAUCGAAAACCCACACGGGAUUUAUUAAAAGCCCGCCAACCGUCCGCCGUCGUUUCAUUCCGCUUUUAUCCCCCCCCCCCCGUUUAUUUGUUGUUGAUGAGAAAUCGAAUUGAAUAAUUUUUAUUUCGUGUUCCUCAAAAUUGUAUUGUAAAUUACAUAAUGAAUAAUCCUGUACGUAUUAUACGAGAUAUUAAUAGAAGCAAUGAUGUACAUUUUUCGA